CGAUGAUAUAGAUAUGUACUGUCUACUAGCUACUAGCUAUACUUGAGGGGACUAGCUCUGUGUCUGUCAGGUCAUAAUAAAGAGGUACCUCACGCUUCGAGAUCUCCGUCAAGAUGUGGUCUCUAGACGUCAUAGCUCGGUACAAAGACCGGAAGCCGUGGUGUCUGCGGUUGGAGCCUAUCAAGGAUAAUAUCUACCUCGAGACCACGCUGGAUCUAAUCGUGGGGAUUUUCAGUUUCUACGUGGCUACCUGGGUUCCUACCUUGAUCAGUUGGGUGGACGGCUAUAUAUCGGAACGGCAGACUCCCGAUGUGCAUGUUGCGAUUCCUGUUUCCACUCUUACAUCAUGGACAUCAAGGAUCGUCGAAAACCCUUCAAUACAAUCGCAUUUGCAGGAUCCAACUCUUCUUCCCGCUGGGCAUGGGUUGCACGACAAGGAUACCAAGUACAUCACCGCAUACGAUCCCUCGACCGGCUAUCACAUAGACACCUUGCCUGUUCCAUCUAAGCAUCAACUCAAGAAACUGAUAGAGCAGGCGCACCGAGCUUUCCCGGCUCAGCGGCAUACUACGUUCGUGGAAAGAAGGCGACUCCUGAGAACCUUCAAGAAGUGGAUGAUGGCCAACCUCAGGGAUAUCGUCCGAGUUGGAGCUAGAGACACGGGAAAGACAGAGGUUGAUGGGGCUUUCGGUGAAAUCCUGACCGUCUUAUCAAAGAUCGACUAUCUGCUGGCGUAUGGUGAGGCGGCUAUUAUACCUGAGUCUCGGCCAGGAAAUUUGUUGCUAGCACACAAACGGUCGAAGGUUUUCUACGAACCACUUGGGGUCGUCUGUGCCAUUGUUUCCUGGAAUUACCCUAUCCACAAUGCAUUGUCCCCUAUCCUCGCCGCUUUAUUUACAGGCAAUACGGUGGUGCUCAAAUGUUCCGAGCUUGUCUAUUGGAGUUCGAAGUGGAUCGUGGACGCCCUCAAGGCCACGCUCAUAGCGGUCAACAUGGAUCCUGAUGCUGUCCAGCUGGUCUGCUGUUAUCCGGAAGACGCGGACGUCGUCACCAAACACCCUCUCGUCAAGCAUAUUACUUUCAUCGGCAGCGAGCAAGUUGGGCAGAAAGUAGCUACGGCCGCUGCCGAAUCCCUGAUACCUACUUGCAUCGAGCUCGGAGGAAAAGAUUGCGCCGUACUACUGCCUACAACAAACCUCAAGUUUUUCGCGUCGACGUACAUGCGUGCUGCUUUCCAAGCCAACGGCCAAAAUUGCAUCGGGAUCGAGCGUUUCAUCGUGCAUAAAAGCAUCUACCAAGACUUUAUCGAUACUAUGCAGCCCCGCGUUGCAGCUUUACGAUGUGGUCCCUCGCUCUCUUCCGCUCCCGGUGAAAAGGAUGGUCUGAUUCCAACCGUUGACUGUGGAAGCAUGAUUUCUUCCCGCUUGUUCGAACAGCUGGAGGCAACUCUGUCUUCGGCCGUCGAACAAGGCGCCAAGAUCCUGGCUGGUGGGAAACGGCUCGAUCACCCGGUCUGGAAAUCCGGUCACUACUUUCAGCCGACUUUGAUCGUCGACGUCAACGCCGACAUGGACAUUGCCAGGAACGAGUUGUUUGCGCCGGUUAUGACGGUCAUGCCGUAUGAUACGAUCGAGGAGGCUGUGGCUAUCGCCAACAGUACACGCUACGGACUCGGUUCAGCGGUCUUCGGGAACGAUAGGACCGAAUGCCGUCAAGUCGCAGCAGCCUUGAAAACCGGAAUGGUCGCCAUCAACGACUUUGGCGUCUUCUACUUGAAUCAGGCUAUGCCAUUUGGAGGAGUGAACGCAAGUGGUUUCGGUCGAUUCGGUGGUCCGGAGGGUUUGAGAUCUCUCUGUUCGAUCAAGGCUGUUUCAGAAGACCGCUUCUUCAAGCUGAUUCAAACCGGAAUCCCGGGACCAUUGGACUAUCCUCUCCCUUCACAAGAGAAGAGCUGGGGAUUCUUGAACGGCUUGCUCAACCUUGCUUACGGACAGGGCGUCAAAUCGCGCGUUGCUGGAUUGUACGAAUUAGCCACUUCUGCGCUUCGGAAAUGAGACAGCUAUCGCGAUUCGAAUGCGCUGGGGUCUCCUUUGGCUGGAAUAUGGCUCAAUGGCAGCACGGGAACGAUCCGAUGGCCUUCUCGUUCCUCUGCCGCCAAGCGAGUGGUCCGGAAGAAUAUUGAGGACGGGCACGUUCACGAACCACAACAAGCUGGUAAUCUGGCAGACCCACGUUCUGGGAAACGCACGGUCAAAC